GAUAUACAGAUCCUACAAGUGGCCAUGACUUGCAUGGGUAUUAUGCUGGCGAUGAUGGAAGGGGAGUUCAUCGGGUCAUUCGAGAUACUGAUCCUUUGGGGGCAUCGUAUGACCGUUAUCUGCAAGGCGCGAUGUCCGCAUAUGGUGUGGGUGAACCUGCUAGAUCACUGGGUGGUGCAAUUGGUGGGCAUCCUGGUGAGGAUCCACGUGCCUUGGGGAUUGUAGGGCCAGACCCUAUGAGUGCAAAAGCCAGGGCAAUGGGAGUAGUAGGUGGAGUUGGCAGAACAGAAAUCCCUCUCCCUCCAGAUGCUUCCAGUACACUCUAUGUGGAGGGCUUACCCUCUAAUUGUACUCGACGUGAAGUGUCUCACAUAUUCCGUCCCUUUGUGGGUUAUAAAGAAGUACGACUUGUAACAAAGGACUCCAGACGUCCUGAUGGCGAACCAUUGGUUUUUUGCUUUGUUGACUUUGCAACUCCAGCCCAUGCUGCUACUGCUAAGGAAGCCCUUCAAGGUUAUUUGUUUGAUGAGCUCGAACGUGAUUCCGUUACCCUAAGGCUGCAGUUUUCCCGCCAUCCUGGUGCACGGCCAGGUGGUGGACCCCGUGGAAGACGUUGAAACCCUAAUCAUUUGUGCAGGACCCACUCGAAUUGCGAUAUAACAAUAGGGAAAGACGUUUUGCCAGCGUUGCAGGGUUUCUUUUGCGAUAUCUACGCUCAAUCCGACAUUCUGACGCUGCGGUUUCAUUAGGACAGACCAGUCAGUUCAGUGGGAAGUUUGUUAUUCGAAGAACUAGUAUGUGUUUUAAAAAAUUUGUGACCUCCUUUUGCAACGCUUGUUUCCUCUCUAUGAGGUGUAUUGGACAACGCUCUAUUUAUAAUUUAUUCCUAGAUGAACCUAGUAAGUUUGGUUGCGGUUGUAUUUGGGUGUGUUAUGCUUUUAAAAUUGAGUUGAAUCAAGUUAUAUGCUGUACUUUUUCCUAUGAUGCACUCGGGUUUUAAAAAUCAUUUGCUGGCCUCACUUAGGUUUAGUUGGAAACUGA